AUGAAGGACAUUCAGUCCAAGUUGGAUCAAGUUGAAAAUCUUCAAAAAAAUCUUAAAGGAUUGACUGAAAAUGACAAUUGUAAAAACCUUUUAGAGAAUCUUUGCUCCGGCCUCGAAAAAUUUCUCGGCUUCGACUCUGCUUCCAAAGGCUACACAGGUCAGGGCAUUGUGUACUCCGACCUUGACAGGCUGUGUGACGGGGUGAUGGGAUUUUUGAACGGUGUGCUUGAGGGGGUGAAAGAUGAUGAAGCGGUUAAAACAUACAAAGAUCUAACUGAAAUUACAGAUUAUGUACAAAAAUCAAUUGGUAAAGGCUACGGUAUUGAAGGCUUUAGGAAUGCCGUAGCCAUGCUCCAAAAUGGACUGAUGUUUUAUCACGAGUCAUUUGAUACAUUAACAAGCAGUGUUACUAAUAAUCUAGAAAAGCUCAGCAGAAAUUUAAGUGGAGAUUAUAAAAGUGGAAUAAACGAUAAUCAAGAUAUUGUCAACCAGUUAUACUCCUGGAGAUCCACGAUCAAAACGAUACAAAGUAAUGUUAAAACCAUUGAAGUUGAAAAAACUUAUAAGCUCGAUAAUGUGUUGAAAAAAGAAAUAAAUGCUGAGUUAAAACCCGUAAAAAUGUUGGUUGAGCAUCUGAAAAGAGUUGCUGAAAAUACUGGUUUUGAGAGCAAGGUUAUGGCUGUGGAUAGUGAGUUUCGGAAUAAAGAAGAUCACGUCAGAGAACAAAUCAGGCAGCAAUCAGCAGUACUACAUGGCAGAUUGAAUAAUAAUUUCGAAGAAAUAAAUCGUAAAAUCCAUGUCAUCGGAAAAGUGCGUGAUGACGAGUUGGAACAUUUGUUAAAACUGAUGAGGGAGUUGGUUCAAAUUUCAGACUCAUCAUACAAAGCGGUAAAAAAGUUGGUAUUUGAAUAUGAGAAGAAUAUUGUCAAACAGUUAGGAGUCAUUGAUGUUAUGGUUAAUGGUAUUAUUACGGAUGACAUCUCCAAGCAGCUGCAAGAUGUUUCCUCUCAGAUCAGUUCGCAGUUAGAUACGCUUAGCCGUCAGGUAGUGAUUCUUGGUGGACUGGCUGCAGAAGCUCAGAUGGAAUUGCCGCAACAAUUGAGUAAUAUCGAAUCUGAAUUGAGCAAAGAAAUUGAGCUUAUUAAGCAGCAAAUUAUUAGUGGAAUUACGCUUUGUAUAAAAAAUAUUCUCGGAGAGAAAAUUAAAAACAAGCUUCAAUGGUUUACUGGUAAAGUUGCUAAAAACGAUAACGGUGAUGAUGGUCUCCUUGAUUUGGUCGUUUCAGGCGUGCAUACAUUUGCGGACAAAUACUCGAACAAAAGCAAUUUUGAAAAGGAUGUUUUGCCAAUAUGGAUUGCAAACAUUUUGGAGGCGGAGCCAGUGAGAGGUUAUCUGGACAAAUAUGUCGGAGAUAAUGGGAUAGAAAAACUUAAGGCGCCGUUUAACACUAGAGGAAACAAUGGAAUCAAUGCAAAGCUCAACGAAAAAAUCAAAGAGCAGAUGGUUUUAAAACUCAGUGAUAACGUCACGGAACAAGCUACAUCUAUCCUUCCAUCGAGGCCAAAUGAGAGCAUCGCAGACAAACUCUGUGACGUUCAGAAAUUGUGCAGUAAAUUCGCCGAUGAGCUCAGUGGAACGCUGCACCCUGAUAAACUUAAAGAAAAUGGCAACAUUUUUUCUACCUUAUACAGGGCUAUAGAAGGUGACGUUAAAAAAGGUACUGAAUCCCCGAAUAGCUUUCAUCUUAUCAAUGCUCUUCACUCGUUAUUCCCAGCGCUUGUUUCAGCUGCGAGGCACGUUGCUAAAGAACUCGAAUCUUUCACCGACGGGGGACCUAUAAACCUGGGCAGAAAUGUCAUAUCGGCUAUAGAAAGGGUGAAGCAGCUUGGCAGCACUCUUGAGAAAGAGAUUCAAAAGACAGAUCGUACACACUAUGAUAUCGCUGACACACUUGGCAAGCAAAUGAAGGACGAGCUCGGUGCAGCGGCCACCAAAGUCAACUUCAACGGCUCCCUUAAUCCGCUGGUCAAUGCAUCAGCUACGAAAGGCAUCGAAGUGUUGAAUGCAAAAAUAAACAGCAUCAUACGUGAUAAACUUGAUGAUAUUAGUCCUUCUAUUCGAGGCCUAAUUAAUAGGCUAAAGAACCCAGGCAACAGGGUGGGCAAUGUCCGACAACUAGUCGAUGAUUUGCAGGGGAAAAUCGAUAAUCUCAAAUCUUCGGUGAGCGGUACUGAUGCCAUAGCGAAUGGUUACAUUAAGGAUCAAGUGAGUUCUGUAAGUCAGCGUGUUGCCGACCUUAAGUUAAGAGUUACGGCUAUUAAUGAAGCAAUCGAGAAGUUUGACACAGCGCUUCGAGAUUCGCUAACUAAUGCCACUAAUGCCGUUAACACUACGCGUCAGCAAAUGAGUGACCGUAUUGACGAACUGGAGGGGCAACUCACUCAGACUGCCAAGGAAGCAUUCGCCACCGUCAAAAGUGCAGUGCAAUCGAUGUUCGCCGAGGGCCACAAGGCGGACUUGACAGCUCUACAAGGAUUGGUGGACAAGCAGAAAAAAGCGAUCCGGAAGCUCAUUGACGCGGACAAAGAGAUCGGCCUGAAAGGCCUGUUACAAGCAAUGUACACAGACGAAGGAAAUGAAAUAAAGAAAUUACUACUUGACAGCGUUAGCGAUGGUGAGAGGUUUAAAAAGUUAUGUGAGAAGUUCAACGCGUAUUUAAGACUCAUCUUCACAUACAUCACGGCACAGGUCACAACUACAAGUGCGUCGCCAUCCUCCGCCUCAACCAAAGAGGUAACCAAAUCGCUAAGUAACGUGCAAGGUGCGAUUGACAUUUUGCUUAGAAAUCUGACAACAUCAAAGCACUUUGAUAACAUUUUCGUUAAUAAUCUGCAAUCACUGUGCAACGUACUUAUCAAAUUUAUGCCGUCUCACUUUGCCGGGGCGCCUAACCCUAAGCUGCUGGACGUGAUAAAGAGAGGGAUGAAAACCUUGUAUGAGCAGCUUGAUGUGGCGUACGUGAGUGCGUACUCUGGUGAUUAUUGGAGCAAGAAAGACGCCCAGAAGUAUGCAAGUGUCAUUCUGAGCUUCUUGCCCAUUAUAUAUGGUGACUUGGGUACGGUUAAUAAUUACUGUCGCGAGGAAUGGAAAUAUCAUACGGUGAAAGAAACUAAUGGUCUGAAUGAAUGCUUGACGCGCUGCGGUUAUGCAAGUUUUGCAAACCAAGAUUCAAAAGGCGGCGAGUUGAUAUUGCCUUUGAACAAUCGCAGAGGUCAGACAAUUCAUGCUAAACUGAAACCACCGCUCACAGGAUUCACCAACGAACAUCUGUCCACGUGUUCAUCGAAUACAUCGAAUAUACAAACUGGCUUCAAUAUGUUUGACAUUAUCGAUUGUCUCAUUUACCAUCUCAAACAAUAUUACAAUGUAUGCCAUUUGAACCUUUCAAAAUCAAAAUUCCAUCCCUCCACAAUUCGUGGCAUGCUCUCAUGGUUUGGUGGCUUACCGUAUAAUUCAGUGUUCACUAAAGUUAAUGGGCACUUUAAAUCUUUAGCCGCCGAAGAAACGACACAAAAAGACAUCAGGAUUAAGGAAUGCCUUGAUAAUAUUCCCUUCUACUUAACCUCCGUAUCCUAUGAAUGCAAUCAUCUUCUCACAACUAUCCAGGGGCACGGUAGCGGCUUCGGCCAGGCUGCGUAUCCCUACGCCUGCAAUUUCCUAGACAAUUCGCAAUGUUUCGUUUAUCCGUCCGACAUUUCUAGCUUAUUAGAUAUGCUUACGGAAAUAUGUGCUCGUUUGUUAUCUUCACUCUACUUCCUGUAUAGCCGAUGUCGUACACCAUCCCAGGUACAUGGGUGGCGUGAGUGCUGGUACGGUAAGAGCAUCGAUAGCUUCGACUGGGAUUGCAACAAACAUUCCGCUGAUGCUCCUAAUUGCCAACCGAAAUCUCCAUUACAAGCGCACCUAAUGGACGGUCUACCCAGCUGCCUACCACAUAAAUUGACAUCCGUCGGCUGCAAAGCCGAAUGCAAUACGUGUCCUAAAGGCUCACCGGGUCAGCAGUGUAUGACUCCUAUGGGCUUCUGGGAUCUGACAGACGCAGCCACUGUAUUUGGUACAGGAAAGGAAAUAUCGAACCUGCUGAAAAGUUUUUGCGGAAACGCGGAUUCACCUCUGCCAACUCUGUUUCGUUAUCUUAAAACCAUGAACCCCUCACCUCCGAAGAAUUUGGGUGACAUGUUGUCUUUGUAUUGCCAACUCUUUCAAGAACAUAACGGGAAAUACAUGGAUAACACUGCGCUCAAAAAGCACUUGGUCGACGUUACAAUACCAGGGUGCUUCCCACUUCCGACCUUCCUGCAUGGAGAUUAUCCUGUGUCUAAAUUAACAGACGCAGUGCAAAACGUAUACAAUUCAGGAAGUGGCCACCCUAAGCCAACGGUAAAAGACGCCAUAACUCCCGGUCACAAGGAUUUGUUAAGUCUAGUUACUAAGUCUUCAUGCGACUCACCUAACCUAUGCGCCCCUUACCUCCAUCCCCUCUGCAAAAAUGCAUACCAUACCUUUCCCACGAAGCACGCAAAUUUGUAUUUCUCAUGGUGCACUUAUCUUGCCUGGGAGUUCUGGAAUUUACUUGACGAAUUACUCAACGCAUUCAAAAACAUGUCGUGCCAAGCGUACGGUUGUUCAUCAUGCAACUGCUCGUCUGGCAAGCAUGGAGUCUGUGAAGCUAAUCCAACCGGACCAGCCAAACCCACUAAACCAAGUUGCCAUUGUACAUCCAUCGUUGGCUGCAAAGGUGUCUUGUCGUUAUUCAACAAAUACGGGCUUACCUUCCGUAUACCCGGAGAGCUGACCAAAAAUGAUAAUAAAAGAACGUGUGAAAACUUCGUCAAACAAAUGACAAAAGUGUUGUACGAUGGACACUUCAGCACCUUGUUUGAAGAAAUAGAUAAAUUCAUCUUUGCCAUCAGACAGCCCUUCAUCUGGCUGAACGUCGCCCUCUGGCUCCUCUCCUUCCUCUACCUCCUCCACAUCAUGGUCAUCCGCCUCGACCUGCUCCACAUCAAAUCGCAUCUACAUAGUCCCUCGAGUCAUCGCAUCGCUGCUCAGUCACUACUUGCUGCCGCACGCGUUAACAAAUUGGGGAAAGUGUUUUAUCUGCAACCAUAA